CCCGACCUUUGAUGUUGUGCUGGUACUUUGGCCAAAGCAGCAGUGCUACGUGGCUGUUAUGGCAAAACAAACCGGGGUUCAGACUGAGGCCUGGAACAGGAGCUAUACCAUCUCUACCGCGGAACUGGGGUUCAGACUGAGUGCUGGAACAGGAGCUACACCAUCUCCACCACGGCACUGGGGGUCAGUCUGAGGCCUGGAACAGGAGCUACACCAUCUCUACCACGGCACUGGGGAUCAGACUGAGUGCUGGAACAGGAGCUACACCGUCUCCACCACGGCACUGGGGGUCAGACUGAGGCCUGGAACAGGAGCUACACCAUCUCUACCACGGCACUGAGGUUCAGUCUGAGGCCUGGAACAGGAGCUACACCAUCUCUGCCACGGCACUGAGGUUCAGUCUGAGGCCUGGAACAGGAGCUACACCAUCUCUGCCACGGCACUGGGGUUCAGACUGAGUGCUGGAACAGGAGCUACACCAUCUCCACCACAGCAUUGGGGAUCAGUCUGAGUGCUGGAACAGGAGCUACAGGAACUCUACCACUACACUGGAGAACAUACUGUGACCUGGAACGGGAGCUACAGGAACUCCACCACUACACUGGAGAACAUACUGUGACCUGGAACGGGAGCUACAGGAACUCCACCAAUACACUGGAGAACAUACUGUCACUGGGAACGGGAGCUACAGGAACUCGACCACUACACUGGAGAACAUACUGUGACCGGGAAAGGGAGCUAAAGCAUUAAGCAUCUCCGCCACUACACUGGAGAACAUACUGAGACCUGGAACAGGAGCUACACCAUCUCCUCCGCUUUCUACAAAGCAAGUGGGGGGAUCUUUUUACCAGGCAGCAAUGGUCUCGGAUAUGGAGAAUAUCCCAUAUGGUGUUAUUCAGAUAGUCUUAUCAAAUCUUUUCUCAAGCUUCCUGGCUGCUGUAGCAGUUGCUGCUGCUGCUGUUUGGUGUGUCAGAGACUCUCUGAAGGUCUCUGCCAUAGCUCAGAAAUGGGUUUUAGUGACAGGAUGCGACAGUGGCUUUGGACACGCCUUGGCUCAACAGCUUGACCAGCGAGGUUUCCAUGUUAUAGCCGCCUGUUUGACAGAGAAAGGUUCUUCACAGUUGAAGAAUGUCACAUCCUCCAGGCUAAAAACAGUCCUGCUGAAUGUUACAGAUAGCACCAGCAUAGAAAACACCGUGGAGUUUGUACACGCAGAGGUCGGGGAACAAGGUCUGUGGGGUUUGGUAAACAAUGCUGGACGGUCCACUCCCAUUGGCCCAUCAGAAUGGAUGCAGUUGGAGGACUUUAAGAAAGUUCUAGAUGUGAACCUGAUCGGGGUGAUUGAAGUCACCCUCAGGCUCCUCCCCCUUGUGAAGAAGGCCCAGGGCAGGGUGGUUAAUGUGGCCAGUAUCAUGGGGAGGCUGGCAUUAACUGGAGGAGGUUACUGCCUGUCCAAGUCGGGGGUUGAGGCCUUCUCCGACAGCCUGAGGAGGAACAUGAAGCCCUUUGGAGUGAAAGUCAGCAUUAUUGAGCCCGGCUUCUUUAAGACUGGAGUUACCAGCUUGGACCUCAUAGAAACAGACCUACAGAGGCUAUGGAACCAGCUCCCCGCAGAAGUGAGGAACUCGUACGGAGCAGCAUAUCUGGAGAAAUAUCUGGAAGCCCAGAGAUUCUCCAUGAACAUCCUGUGCAGUGCAGACAUCUCCAAGGUGACCGGGUGCAUGGAGCAUGCUCUGUCUGCGCGACAUCCCCGCACCCGCUACAGUCCAGGAUGGGAUGCCAAACUCAUCUGGAUCCCUCUGUCCUACCUCCCUUCAUUCCUGUCCGACUUUGCCAUCAAUGCCCUCCUUCCAGUUCCCGAAGACAAUCGGCAAUCUGCUUCCUGUACCUGAGGCAAGGGCAUCAUUUACAACCCCCCCACCCCCACCAGAACAGGUCAAAUAACAAUUUCAUAAUGUGAUUAGAUUAUACUUACUGAUGAGUAAGGUUGGGUCUUUCAGUGAUGGCAGAGUUAAGCGGUUAAAUGCACCAGCCUUUCUAUGUGUUUCACUCAUAGGCUGUUCCUAACAGCAGGCAACUGUCCGUAGAUUUUUUUUAAAACUUCAAGCACUUGUUACUGUUGCUACAAUUGCAUGUGUCAUUUCAUUCAUUUCCCACUACUGCCCAUGAAAUAUAUUAAUUAAUUUAAUAAAUGAAUGUUUAAAAAAAACACGAUUUCUUCAGCUUUUUUGUGAGUUUCAAGAACUUUUCCAUGACUGUUCUGUGACUUCAGCCAAUAUUUUCUGUGACAAACACCCAGCCUGUCGUAUUUUCCCUAAAAAAAACUCACCAGAAAUGAUCUUUUCACAGCUGUUCUUUAAAAAAAAAAAUUCCAGGGGGGCAUGCCAACGGACCCCACUAGGGGCUUGCAGUUCUCGGGGUCCAUGCAUUUCAACCCCCCCUAUAUUCAAACUAAAGUUAUGCCCUUGACCUGAGGAUAACCAGGUCCUGUGCCAAAACCAUGGUGAUGUUACAAAGACAUUACUCAUGACAUUUAAUAUUACUGCAUUUGCCAUGUAAAUUUUUCCAUGCAUUCAAAAUGUUAUCGUCCAACCAACUUGUUUCCUGUAAAGGUGGAAUUAUUUUGUGUUAUACUGUGUAAAGUUCUCAGUAAACCAAGGUGGUUUCCAGCUGGACUUACAAAAGUUAAGUUACACAAUCAGUUGAAUUUUUUGAUAAAAUGCAGUUGUUCUUUUGGGUACACAAUGAAAAACACCUAGCUCAUUUGAAGCCAGAUUUUGUGAUUUUGUAAGUGCAAAGUCCGUAGGCAAAGUGAGCGUUCCUCGUUAGCAGGACACACAGCAUUUGCCUUUUAAGCCACUAGUUCCCAAAUGUGGUUCUGGGGACCCUAUUUGUAUUCUGGUUUUUGUUACAGGCAAUUUCUUAAUCACUUAAGGAUGUUGAAAAAGUGUUUAAGUUCUAUAAUCUUUGUUUCUAAAAAAUGAUGUGAACACAUGGCAAAUUUGACUUGUUGCCACUGGUUCACCACUUAACUGUUCAUUUUACCAGAGACACAUGCAUUAAACUAAAAAAAAACAG